CAUUCUGCAGACAAACAAAGAGCAAGAUGGUUGAUCAAAUCGGCUUAUCUGAAGCUCUCAAGAAUUUCAUGCCGUUUCUAUACGUACGAAGGCUUUCUGAUAGAGCUACGUUGCCUAAAAGAAUGUUUCCUCAUUCUGCUGGUUAUGAUCUUUUCAGUGCAACAGAUACCAAAGUGCCAGCCAGAGGCAAGGCAAGGAUUUCUACAGAUUUGAGCAUUGACAUUCCUCCAGGAGCCUACGGUCGUAUUGCUGCACGGUCGAGCCUGGCAUGGGAUCAUUCGAUUGAAGUUGGAGGUGGUGUUGUAGAUGCUGACAAGAAUCCAGUUUUUGUGAUCUUGUACAAUCAUUCUGAUGUCGAUUUUGUAGUUAAGGUUGGAGACAGAAUUGCUCAGCUGGUCAUUGAGCUUAAUGCAACACCUGAAGUCGUGGAGGUUCAUCAGCCCUGAUUGACCACCCUUAGAGCUGCUUGUUAAUGGUUUCGUUAUCUCUCGAAUAAUGUUGUUUGGAACCUCUUGCAUUCUGUUAAUAAAGAAAUUACUCACUAUUUUCA